AUGGAUAAUUCAAUUUCCAAUACUUCACCAACGACAAGUUCCAGUCAAACCUGUACAGUACUAGCAAAUUAUGAGGAAAGUCUGUUGCAAACCUGCAAACAACGGAUCGUCACUCGUUCAUCACGAAAAACGACUACGUGGCGACUAAAACACCAAAGCAAUCAAGCGAAUAAAAAAUUAACACGGAAAACGAAGAAACUCAUCUAUGAGACUUUUAAUGGUCGAACAAAUCUCGCUCGCGCUGCGGCAACAAAUGCGCAAAACCAUAUUAUUGCUGAUACACAAGUCGCGACAUUAGCUAUUCCAGACACGAUGGUUGACACAGAUGCGUAA